AUGGAAUGCACUCAUAUGAAGUUACAAUUGAAAGAUUUCAAGGAUUGGAUUCAGCAUCAGAAUAAUCCUGCUCACAUUGAGAGCUGCCGUCAGUUACGUCAACAGUAUCCUGAUUGGAAUCCUGAGGUCCAUUCUUCGAAGAGAAAUGAAGGCGAGAGAAAAGAAAAUCAGACCCCAAAGAGACGUUCCAACUCUGCUAGUCCUGGUCCUAGGCAUUCAAGAGGAUCAGGCUCUGGCCACAUUCUUCGCCGGUCCCGAUCCCGAUCCCGAUCCAGGAGCCCUGGCCGUUUCAGGUUAGCAAGACCAAGAAGUCGAAGUCCAAGGCAGAUGCGUCGUCCUAGCCCUAGACACAGGUCUAGGUCACCACAACGAUCUAGAAAUCCUCUGAGGUGUAGUCCACGACCCCAAAGAUCUUCUAGCAAUGAAUGGGCAUCAAGGAGGACAACUAGAUCUCCAGGUGUUAAUAAUAGAAGUGGUAAAUUUUCAGACAGUUAUGUUUUGUAA